UCGGGUUUGCGGUGUUUCGCCGAAGGAGAGUGUCAUUCUUUCCUUCACUCUUGUUUUUGUAUGUGAGAAAAAUAACAGGAGUCAGUCUCUGGAUGUGUGCUGUCUUUAUCCACACAUUGGACCUGUCUGUCGCUCACUGUCUGAACACAUCAGUCACACUGAUACAGUUUCCGAGCCCGAUCUUCAUCAGCGGAGCUGGACCCGCACACUGGGACUCAGUCCAGCCCGGUUCGGCUCGGUUCGGCGGACGGGACGCAGCGAGGAUUUAAACGCCAGAACCCGAUCAGAGAUGGAGAGACGCGGACUGAUGUGAAAAGAACCAGCGCUAUGGAGAUAUAUCCACUAUGCACUAAGCUUUGCCAUCAUAAAGCUGUGGAGCUGAAGGAUGAUGUGUGUGAAAAACAGAGUGCAGUCACUAUCAAUCCACGUCACAUGAGGAAAGCCUUCAGAAUCAUGAACGAGCUCCGCAGUCAGAGUGUGUUGUGUGAUGUCACCAUCAUAGCGGAGGAUGUGGAGAUAGCUGCUCAUCGAGUCGUCUUAGCUGCUGGGAGUCCUUACUUCCACGCUAUGUUUACGGGAGAGAUGACAGAAAGCCGUCAGAAGAAGGUUCGAAUCAAAGAGAUUGACGGCUGGACUCUGGGAAUGUUGAUCGACUAUGUUUACACUGCUGAGAUCCAAGUCACGGAAGAGAACGUGCAGGUACUCUUGCCUGCCGCCGGUCUGCUGCAGCUGCAAGAAGUAAAAAAGGCCUGCUGUGAGUUUCUCAUAACUCAACUUCACCCAACCAACUGCCUUGGUAUCCGCGCCUUCGCCGACUUGCACGCCUGCACAGAGCUGCUCAAUCUCGCCAAUACAUUUGCAGAGCAACACUUCUCUGAGGUCGUGCAGAGUGAGGAGUUCCUCAAUCUGGGCAUAGAGCAAGUGUGCAGCCUCAUAGCCAGUGACAAACUCACCAUUCCAUCAGAGGAAAAGGUGUUUGAGGCAGUCAUCGCUUGGGUCACACAUGAUAAAGUCGUGCGUCAGGAACACAUGGCUCAUCUGAUGGAACACGUUCGAUUGCCUCUUCUGUCCAGAGAGUACCUCGUACAGAGGGUGGAGGAGGAAAGUCUAGUGAAGAACAGUAGUGCCUGCAAAGACUACCUGAUAGAAGCCAUGAAGUACCACCUGCUGCCUGCCGAGCAACGCUCCAUGAUGAAGACCAUCCGCACCAGAGUGAGAACCCCCAUCAGCUACCCAAAGGUGAUGGUGGUGGUGGGAGGACAGGCCCCUAAAGCCAUCCGCAGUGUUGAGUGCUUUGAUUUAGAAGAGAAGAGAUGGUUCCAAGUGGCAGAAUUACCCUCCAGACGAUGUCGAGCAGGCGUCGUGUACAUGGCCGGUGUUGUGUAUGCUGUGGGGGGUUUUAACGGUUCAUUGCGUGUGAGGACGGUGGACGCGUACGACCCAGUUAAAGAUGAGUGGUACUGUGUCAGCAGCAUGCAGGACCGGAGAUCAACACUAGGGGCUGCUGUGCUCAAUGGACUGCUGUAUGCUGUAGGGGGCUUCGAUGGCAGCACGGGUUUAGCUACCGUAGAAGCAUACAACGCUAAGGCCAAUGAGUGGUUCCAUGUCAAUCCUAUGAAUACACGACGUAGCAGCGUGGGAGUCGGCGUUGUUGGAGGUCUGCUUUAUGCUGUCGGAGGUUAUGAUGGAGCAACACGUCAAUGUUUGAGUACUGUUGAGGCCUAUAACCCCAACACUAGUGAAUGGUCUUACACAGCAGAGAUGGGAACCCGCCGUAGUGGUGCAGGUGUGGGUGUGUUAAAAGGUCUGCUGUAUGCAGUGGGUGGGCACGACGGCCCACUGGUUAGAAAGAGCUGUGAAGUUUUUGAUCCAGCCACUAACACAUGGAAACAGGUGGCUGACAUGAAUAUGUGCCGCAGGAACGCAGGUGUGUGUGCUGUGAAUAACCUGCUUUAUGUGAUUGGUGGUGAUGAUGGCUCCUGUAACCUGGCUUCAGUGGAGUUCUACAACCCAAACACCGAUAAAUGGACCCUACUGCCCACCUGUAUGAGCACAGGACGCAGCUAUGCAGGUGUGACUAUCAUUGAUAAACCUCUCUGAGCAGCUGAGGAGUUGUUGAACACUUUGAGCUAAAGCUGACGUACAGCGGAGGAUUCGCUCGCACUGAAGCUCUGAAUACGGCUGAGGCUUCAUCCUGGAACUGCUUCACCAUGGAAAUGGCCUGGAGAAUACUGCUCUCAUUCUCUCUCUUUCUCUCUGUCCCUCUCUCUGUCCCUCCGUCUCUCACACGUUAACACUUCAGACACGUCAAUACAAGCAUUCACACACUACCUCUACUUUUUGUCUCUAGCAUAUAUACUAACACACUCUUUAUCUCUCUUUUCUUUCGGUUUCUCUUGUUUGAGAGUAGUCAACGAUGAAGAUUAUUGCACUUUGAGGAGCACUAACGAAGCAGGAUCAAUAUAUAACACAAUGUUGUUAACCUCUGAGUAAAGACUGGUGCAAACAUUUGGCCAGUGCAUCUGCAACGUGAGUUUGAGCCGAGGGCAUGCCCAGCAAUUUUGCUGCUAGAUCAUGUGAUCGGAAGGAAUCUUGAUUUUUGCUCAUUCAGAUAAAGUUUGAGCGAAAAGGUGGCUAGUUUUCCAGCACUUUGUUGCCUCUUGGAAGCUUGUUAUGAAGUCACUAGACUUAAAGCCAUCUUCAUUAUGAAGGUAACGAAGAUGUACAUUUUGUGUUGCGAUUAGAAUUGAAACUUAGAAGGGUCUCUAUUGAAGACAAAUUAACUUUUACAUUGUGCAAUUUCUUUGCCAAACUACAUUUGAAGUCUUAAAGUUUGAACUGUCCAUUGAUGUUCAUUUAAUAUCCUCUGGAUUUUAUCUUGUGGUCCGGUUGUUCAAGAAAUGCAAUCUUUGACA